CGCAGACGUCGGUUUCCGACAGGAGCGGAGCGGCUGCGGGCGGCGGAGCGGCCGCGCCGGGGGAGCCGCGGCGAAGCGGCUGCGUCGGGUAGUCGCGGCUGGAGCGGCCGCGCCGGGGAGCAGCGGGCGGAGCGGCUGCCGAGGAGCGGCAUGGGGUCAACCUCCACUGGAGAGGACGAGGGGGAUGCUGCAGGCCGCGGCGCCACCAGCGGCGUGCAGCGUGGCGCCUGCAUCGGCGUGCAUCGAGGGAGGAAGGUGACCGCAGGGCGGCCCCCUAGACCGAUGGCUUCCUCCCAGGCUCCAUCUGACGAGAGCGUCCCGGAUGAUGUUGCGGGCCGUGCGCGAACGAGGUCGUCGACCCGUGGGGGAGGCGUCGGCUCCCAGAGUGCGCCCGGCGCGGCUGCACCCGGUGCGACCAGCAAACCAAGCGGGGAAGGUGCCGACUCCCCUAGAAGGGCAGUGUCAGCGAGCAUUGGAGUAGAAGGGGCGUCGGGUGCGGGACGUGCUACUUCCGGCACAGCAUCACAGCCGCCAGUCGGCAAAUCAUGCAUGGCGCGGAAGCGCAAAGCUGAAGCUACUAACACAGCCCCGUCUCCAAAGAGAACAACCAGGGCUUCUUCUAGAGCGGACAAGGCUACUUCUAGUGGCGGUGCCCAAGGUGAUGCAACUGCAGAAUUUGAUGAAGCACAAAAGCGUGCAGAGCAGGAUGUAAGGAAAAAAGGAUCUGCAAUGAAAUUGAGCAAGAUCAAUGAGAAUCUAAAUGCUGAUCAGAAAGGCCGCGUUGCAAGUGUUGGCUUUGGCGGCCUUCUUGAAGUCAAGUGCAACAAUAUACCAGAGAAGCUGUCGCUUUGGUUGGUCAACAACUUUGAUACCAACAAAUUCGAGUUAGUAAUUCCACAGAGAGGGACAAUAAAGGUGGAUGAUGUUGCUAUUAAACGAGUGCUCGGAUUACCAAUGGGUGCAAAUUUGAUUGAUUAUGAAAAGAAGAGCUACUCUGAAACAUUUAUUGAGUUCUACAAGCUUUUUGGACACGAGAAUGAUCAAAAUGCACCAACAUUUGUAGAAGUUGAAAAGUGGCUGCGCAGUGUGGGAAAGGAGCUAGCAGAUGACAAAUGGUUGAAGGUCUGGCUUAUGUUUGCCAUCAGCUCCUUUUUGUGCCCAACAUCGAGCACAAAGUUGUGUGUGCGGGCUUUCCACUCCAUUGCAAUCAUUGAAGAAAUCCAUGGAUACAACUGGUGCAAACUUAUAGUGGACAGGCUCAUCAAAGGAAUUGCAGAUUUUAAGAAUGGCGAGCGAAAGUUUUUAUCUGGGUGCCUCUUUUUCCUAACUAUAUUAUACCUGGAUUCACUUGACAUUGGUGACAUUGUCAACCGAGGUUUGGAAGUAAGAGCUGCUGCUUGGACAGAGAAGCUUGUGACCAAAGUCUGCGCCAUGGAUAGGGUAUCCGAUUCUCAGUUUGGGAAAUUGCAACUAAAGCCAGAAUAUUCAUGCGUAACGUUGAUUCCACCAUAAAAGAUUCAUCAAUUCAUUGAUUCAAACAUGCCGGAAUCGCUCACAGCAAAUUGGGAUGUUCUCAAAAGCGCACUUAGUGAGUUCAGCAUGGCCAUCAAUCAAGCUGUGUUGAAUCUUGCUCUAAACUUGCGCCAAGGUGUUCAAUAGCAACAAGCACGUGCACAAUCCCUGCCAAUGGGGUGUCCAGGACCUAGUACUUCUAAAGGCACCCGGGAGAUUAGGAAGAAAAGAAAACAUGAUGAUUUGGAAGACCCAAUUGAUGAGGUUAGGAGUGAUGAAGAAACAUCCAGUAGCGAUGAAGAAUUGGAAGAUUGUGGCGACUCCGAGUCUUGUGGUGAAGAUAGAGAUGAAGCUGAUGGAAAUAGUGAUGAUGAUGACGAUGAUACCACUAGAUCACAAAGCCACCCAAGAGUACAAAGCAAGAGGGUUAGAUUUCAAGAUGAAGAUAAAGCAGAAGGGAAAAAGGGGGCCGCCAAUGAGAAAAAAAGGAUCUGCUACUGGAGCGUCAUCCAAAGAUCAGGCCGGUGAUAAACAAGGCAACAAAGAUGACCACGGAGAUGGUGGUGCAAAUGAUGGGGACAACAACCCAAAGGAAAGCAUCAAAGAUUAUCCAGCCGUGACACAAUCAGGCGUGUAAACCAUUCUGAUAAUAUGUGAAUAUUAAUUUAGAUAUUCAGUUGUACAUUUCUUGCAGUCUUUCUAUUGUGAUGUAAGUGGUGAAAUAAUAGUUUCCAUAUUUUGAAUGCACUGCAAAAAAAAACCUGGUACUAACUUGUAUGUUUGUUUGACCAGAGAUGGUAACUUCUGUUCAUUAUUGAAGCUACUUGUAUGUUUCUGUUCA